AUGGAAAAAAAGAGAUUAGAGUUUUGGAAUUAAUUUAAAAUAAUCUUGUUUAAUUAGAAAUAAUAAAAGGACAUAAUGAUAUGGUUAUAUAAAAAAGAAUAGAGAAAAUUUUGGAUAUGUUCUCAAUAAUUAGUAGGGUAGACUUUCUCUAUGCUUUGCUUUAUCUAUAAUUAGAAAAAGAUCUAAUAAUAUCUGGGAGUGACGAUAAGACUCUAAAAUUUUUGUGCUACAAUAUAAAUGGCGAAAAUAACAAUAAAUAAUAAUCGUCUUUUCUAAACUAUAAGAAAAAUAGCAGUUAUGUUUAUGCAUUCUCUAUAUAUGAAGAUCAAACUAAAAUAAUUUUAUUGGAACUUGAUAACCUCAUUCUCGUUAGGGAAUUGUUAAAAACUUCUUACUCAUAUUCAAGGAUAGUAUUAUAAGAAAUAAAAGUUGUUAGUUAUGGAUAUCGUUUAUGUUUUAUAGGGAAUGAUAUUUUUGCCUUUCAACCUAGAUCAAUCUAAAAAAAUGAAUAUUUAUAAAAUUACUAGUAAUUCUGAAGGGCAAAUUUUGAAAAACAAAUAUAUAGAUAUAAUUGGAUACAGUCAAUCUUUUGAUAUAAAAAUUUUUGAUUAAAAAAUGCAUUCUUAUGAUUAAGAAUGGCAAAAGUGUCAAUUUAAUAAGAUGUAGAAAUUAAUAUAAUGGAAACAUAAUUAUUGA